AUGCAAAGUUAUAUUGAAGAGCGUGAGCGUGAAGUAGCAGAGCGUGAAGCUGCAUGGAGGUCGCCGUUAAACACGCCGCCACCAGUUACAACCGUCGCUGAAACUGGGACAGACUCACCGCUCCACAACAAGGCCAGAAAUGGGGUAGAAGUCACCCUACAGGGUCUGGAAAGAAACAGCAGCCGGCUUCUCUUGCUAGCUGCAUUUCUCCCAGACAUGUAUAGUUUUGCAGAUGCGUUUGAUGAGAAUGGAAGGCCAGCAUCAGGUGAUGAAGGUGUUGUACCUCUGAAUGCUUCGCUCCAAAUUGAUCUUGAGUGGAUAUCUUGGAAGGUUGUAUCUGACAUAACCAAGGAUAAGAAUGUUCUCAAGAAGACCUUGAAGGAGGGAGAGGGGUAUGAACGUCCCAAUGAUGGAGCUGUGGUUCAAGUGAAACUUAUUGGUAAGCUGCAAGAUGGGAUUGUUUUCGUGAAGAAGGGUCAUGAUGAUGAGCAGCCAUUUGAGUUCAAAAUUGACGAGGAGCAAGUAAUUGAUGGACUUGAUAAAGCUGUGAUGAACAUGAAGAAAGGGAAAGUUGCAUUGGUGACCAUACAUCCUGAGUAUGCUUUUGGCUCAUCUGGGUCAACUUAGGAAUUGGCCACCGUUCCUCCCAACUCCAACGUGUACUAUGAAGUUGAGCUGGUUUCCUUUGUAAAGGUGAGGGAGAAUUGUCUUAUGUUCCUAAUGUUUUAUGGUUCUGACAAUAUUAAAAACAACACUAAUUUAAUAAAAAUGGAAUGCAAGAAAAGGAAUCAUGGGAUCUGAAUACACCCGAGAAGAUAGAGGCAGCUGGAAAGAAGAAGGAAGAAGGGAAUGCAUUAUUCAAGGCUGGCAAAUAUGAAAGAGCAUCAAAGAGAUAUGAAAAGGUAUUGUACUCCCUGCAAAA